AGGACCUCAACGUCAACCUCAUACGUACUUACAUUUUACUUCUCCUAGAUUCAGAAGUUAUUGAGCAGGCGGCAAUUUAUUUACGUAGUGAUAAUCUUCAUCUUCACAUACUAGACAGUCCAUUGCAACAGCAUAAAGCAGCACCCUGUUGUUUUCAGGAGAAAGCACCCACCCUUUUCCUCCACAAUGACGACGUCCAGCUCUUCCAGCAGUAAGAAGAAGGUGGACGCUCGGGUCCGACAGCUGCUGGAGCACUGUGUAAAGAACAAUGAGAGGUCUUUUUUCGUGAUCCUCGGCGACCGGGGCCGCGACCAGAUCGUAAAUUUGCAGUUCAUGCUGAACAAACUAUCCACGAAGAAGCAACAGCAAAUUUUGUGGUGCUACAAGAAGGAACUUGGGUUCUCAAGUAACAGAAAAACGAGGGCAAAGGAGCUGAAGAAAAAAGUCGCGAGGGGGGAUUAUGACGCGAAUAUCGAGGAUCCGUUUGAGCUGUUCACCUCCGCACACGAUAUCCGUUACUGCUACUACAAGGACAGUGAACAGGUACCUAAGUUGUACUUGUUGACCGAGGUUUCAUCUUCAUCUGGAUCUGAUACAUAAUUGCAAAGAGUAACAUUGAGGUUGUCAUGCGUGGUUGGACAAGACAACCCCGAUUUGCGUACUCAGAUCUGGUUCGUAGCACCAAUUUGCGUUCCAUCUGAUCGAGUACCACGACAUGCAAAUCGCAGAAAAAAACUGAAAAGCGGAUGUCCCAAAGCUCUUCGAAAUUUCAUAGGGCCUCUUGGUAGUUUGUAUCGUCUUUUCAGACAUCGACCAACUUUUUUGCCAUCUCAUCUGUAUGCUCUUUUGCAUUUUCCGAAGCAAAAACCACAAAACUCCUACCACGAUACAACCAUCUUCUCACAGGUUCUGGGUAAGACGCACCAGAUGCUGAUUCUGCAGGACUUCGAGGCAUUGACGCCGAAUAUCCUCUGUCGCACCGUCGAAACCGUCUCCGGCGGCGGCGCGGUCAUUCUGUUGCUGAACAACAUGUCUUCGCUCCGACAGCUCUACAACUGUUCUAUGGAUAUUCACAAAAAGUUCUCCUCUGAGCUCAAGGAGCAGAAGCAGACGGACUUUGAACCCCGUUGGAACGAGCGAUUCUUGCUGUCUUUAGUCCGGUGCGACACUUGCUUGGUACUGGACGACGAGAUGAAUUUGCUGCCGAUCUGCAAAAACCGCGCGUUCAUGGGAAUGGAGAACAACGCAAUCGAGGGCGUGGAAGGUAUAAUACUGGAAAUUAAUGCGUUUUUUCAUGCAUUUGCAUUUUUUGCAUUCGCUUUUGCAUCGUAACUUUCUGUUGGUAUUUCAUCACUUUCUACCUUGAAAAAAACGAACUUCAUCCACGUCAACAUGCAACAAAAUGAUCAAAACCACACCCAGGUCUCGCAGCAGCCCCCACGAAGCAAUCUGGCUCGCUGGAGGUGCAACAGUUGCAGUCCAAACGUGAGCAGGAGCUCCUCGCAUUGAAAGAGGACCUGAAAGACGCCGAGCCGCUCGGUUCCCUCCUGAACCUCGCCAAAACCCUGGACCAGGCGCAAGCUCUCAUGCAGUUUGUCGACGUCAUUUCCGAGAAAACCCUGUCCCAGACCGUUUCCCUCACUGCCGGUCGUGGGCGAGGUAAGUCUGCUUCCUUAGGGUUGGCGCUGGCUGCGGCUCUUGCCUACGGCUACAGCAACAUUUUCGUGUCCGCGCCGAGUCCAGAGAAUUUGACAACGGUCUUCGAGUUUCUCCUGAAGGGUUUCGACGCACUCGGAUACACGGAACACAAGGACUACGACGUGCUGGUCGCAUUGAACAACACUACUAACAGUGCAAACCAAAACUUAGACCAAUCGUCCCUGAAAAACCGCGCGGAUCUGGAGAAAUCAAACACCAACCAGAAUCUGAAUUUGAAACACGGGGACAGCAAACGCGGCAACAUCGUCCGGGUCAACGUGUUCAAAAACCACCGCCAAACGAUCCAGUACAUCCCGCCGGAGAUCGUUUCGCAGCACGGGACCGCGCUCUCCCAGGCCGAGAUGCUGAUCAUCGACGAGGCGGCGGCCAUUCCGCUCCCCAUCAUCAAGCAGAUGCUCGGGCCAUACCUGACGUUAAUGUCCUCCACCGUGAACGGGUACGAGGGGACCGGUCGGUCUUUGUCCUUGAAACUGUUACAGGAUCUGAAACACCAGAAGAAACUCUCUGCGGAGAUCGAAUUGAAAGAGCCGAUUCGAUACUGCCUGAACGACGCGGUGGAGGCGUGGCUGAACGAGUUGUGCCUCCUGGACGCGUCGGAAUCGGUUUCCAGCAAAAAAGCACUGGAAAAAAUGAAGAAGGUAGGGUGCCCCAUGCCGGACCAGUGCGAGCUGUUCCUAGUCGACCGAACGGCGUUGUUCAGCUACCACGGGGCCUCGGAGAAGUUCUUAAAGAAGUUAACGGGUUUGUUUGUCGCGAGCCACUACAAGAACAGUCCAAACGAUCUGAUCUUGUUGUCCGACGCGCCGGGGCAUUACCUAUUCGUCUUGCUGGCGCCGAGUCGGGAAGAUUCGGACCAGUCCGACGGGGAGGAUUCAACGGUAUAGAAAAUAACUUCGCUGUGUUUACUAUUGGUGACUUGGUUUUUAUGCAUCCAUUAGAGGUUGUACCACCGCGGCGUUUCUAGCUAGAGUAGCAUAUUUGCUCAUUCUAUGCCUCGAAUACUUUCAAAUUCUACGAAAGUGCUUGUCUACAAUACAGAACGACUCCGGUGAGUCCGAUACGAUUCCAGAGAUCCUGGUCGCGAUGCACGUCGCGACCGAGGGGGCGCUGAACAAGGAGGCGGUGGCGAACUCGCUCGCCCGCGGCCUUCGUCCAAGCGGGGACAUGAUCUCCUGGACGAUCUCGCAGCAGUUUUCCGACGCUAAUUUCGGUUCUCUGAAGGGCGCCAGGAUUGUCCGCAUCGCGACGCACCCGCAGAUGAUGCGGCAGGGCUACGGUCAAGAGGCGGUUUCCCAGUUCAUCAAGUGGUGCAAUCUGGAAAUGGUGCCGGCGGGAGGGUACGGAGAUGAGGAGGAAAAGGAGUCAAAAACAGGAAAGGGAAAUAGUAAAAGUUCCACGGCCGCCGACUCCCAAGCUUUGACCGUAAAAGAGGAGAUUCCGGCCUUGCUUUCGUCCGUCCAAGACACGAAACCCGUAUUCGAGCUCGACUGGCUCGGAACCAGCUUUGGCGUUACUCUGCCGCUGUUCGAAUUUUGGCACAACAAGCUGAAGUUUGACCCGAUCUACAUCCGGCAGACGGCGAACGACGUGACUGGUGAACACAGCGGAAUUCUGUUGAGAAGAAUGGGCUCAUCGUCCAUGGUGGCCACGGGAAGUGGUGGUAAAGCUUCUACAAGUUCCAACAAGCGACAUUCAGCGACGACCGCGACUUGGCUGGCCGAGUUCCACAAAGAUUUCCGGUGUAGGUUCCUGCGACUGCUGAAAACGCAACAGUUCCAAAAACUGCCACUGAAUCUCGCACUUUCCGUCGCCGGGCAGCCGAGCUCGAGCUCGGUAGCACCUGGAAUUCUGACGGAUGCAGAUGAAAAUCGUGUUUCCCACUCUGAGCAAUUGCUGAACUGCGUUUUGCAGCAAGUCACGAGACACGACCUGCACCGCAUCGAGCUCUUCGCGAACAAGCGGGCCGAGGUGGCGCUGAUUCAGGAUUUGCUCCCGGUGCUGGCGAGUCUGUAUUUCGACGGGAAAUUUGUCGCACCGAGUAGCAGCAAUGCCGCUGUCAACAGUGGCGCACCAGCGACAAAUAAAGGUGCGCCCUGCAACUUACAACUCUCCGCGGUGCACGCCGCCAUCCUUCUCGCCGUCGGCUGCCAGCAGAAGACGUUCGAGCAGGUGUCGAAGGAGUUACAGCUUCCUGUGUCGCAAACCCACGCGUUGUUUACGAAGCUCCUAUAUCAAAUGUAAAAAUGUCUGGGUCUGGAAACUUGUGAUGCAGGAAAGGGAGUAGUGAACUCACUAUAAUGCGCUGCCAAGCAUGACAAGUUUUUUCCAUGGUUCUGAGUUGCGUACUCCGCAUGAGAAACUGCGUUUUUGCAUGACACCGAGGAGGAGCUCUUCGCGGCCAUGCAACACAGAGUUCAGAGUCAUGCCAGACAAGCAUGACAAAUCUCGCAAUCUCCCAGACCCAGACAUUUUUGCAGUUCAUAUCCUAAUCCGUGUGUGGUCGGAGGCGCUCGAGCCGAUGCUGUCUGAUGAGGUCAAACGACAGAUUAUCCUGAGUAAAAACGUACCCACACCAGAGUCAGGAUGGGGAUUUUGCAACACAAACCUAGGAGUUUUGGGACUCAUGCAUCACAAGUUCAAGCCCGUACUGUAGUGCAGGUUAGCAAGGGCUAACGCAUCACAAAUCCAUCUGCUUAUCCUGGUUACAGCAUUACAAAUGCCAAAUCACGACUAGAAAUUCCGCUCAUGGAGAUGCGCAUUACAAGUCUUCCUGUCUUUGCAAAUCAGCAUUACAACUCUGGUGUGGGUACGUUUUUCCUCUUAAUACAGAUGGAGGAGAAGAGGAAAAACGCUUCCGGCAGCAGCGCUGAAGUGAAGAAAGUCGACAUUGACGCCAACAUUGGCGGGCAGGUUACCACCAUCGACGAGGAGGAGGCACAGACGCUGGCAGAGGGGGAAAACGCUUUGUUGCAGUUCGGACAAAAGAUCUCGGUGAAAAAGCGCAUACCGACGGGGAAUAACGCCGAUAAGGAAGCCAGAAUGGGAAAACUGGAAGCCAAGAGAAGGAAGAAAAACAAAGCGUAAAAGGUAGCUUUCGCCACCGUAAAAAGUUCGUUUAAGGACGACCAAACUGACGCUAGAAUAAUGCUUGCAGGAUCAAGUCAUUGCAAACUUCACGUACAGCGCAU